AUGAAACAUCUUGAUCAAGACUCUCCUGACUAUGAUCACACAUGCUUUGUACAUGAUGAACUAAAUCGUAUAGCUGAACGAUGUCAAGAACAUUUAGCUAUAUCUUCAGCACAAUUAAAUAAAUUAAAAUUACGAGUGAAUGGCAAACCAGAAUGCUUUGAAAAACAACAACUUCUUUGGCAUGGUCUAUUGAAAAAACUACCACCUCGUAAAUAUACUGAUAUUAGUCAGUAUUAUAUUAUAUUAUUUUCUGAUUGUAUACUUAUCUGUGGAGAAUCAGGAAAUAAACUUGAAAUAAAACGACAAUUAUCAAUAAAAAAUAUCAGAGUUGAAAUUAUCGAACGUGAACGGUUAUCAUCAGCAUCAUCUAAUUCAACUAAUUUCCAACAAUUAUCCCCUAUUACUUAUUAUCCAUUUCGUAUUGAUGCUAUUGAAAAAUCUUAUGAAUUUAUAGUUGAUAAAGAAUCAGAUAGAGAAAAAUGGAUGAAUAAAAUUAGACAAGCCAGUGAAGAUUUUCAAAGACGAAAUACAACUAUAGAAAUUCGUCAAUCGUUUCGUCGUUCUGAUGAACAACAAUUAGGUACUCAUGCUCCUAUAUGGGUCAAUGAUGCUGAUGUGACACGUUGUCAAAUCUGUCAUAACUCUUUUGGUUCGAAAUUAAUUCCUUCUCGACGAUACCAUUGUCAAUCAUGUGGUCGUUGUACAUGUAGCUCAUGUUCAACAAAAAAAUUAAUUCUUAAAUAUUGUAAUAACAAUGGUGAAGUACGUGUUUGUGAUCUAUGUUAUAGAAAUUUUACUGGCAUUGAUAGAAAUCGAUUUUCAUGUCAAAAAAUAACACGUGAUGAAAAUAAAACAAUUUUAUUUGGUGAUUUUCGUUUGCUUCCUUCAAAAUCGACUAAUUGGAUUGAAUUACAAGAAGAUUAUCAAUUACAUAUAUAUGGUGGAAAAUUAGAUCAAGUUGAAGAUUUUUCUAUUAAUCUUAGUGAACUUAUUAAAAUAGUUUUUAUGCAAGACACACUAAAAUUUAUAUUAAACGGAAAAGAUAAAACAUAUCAAUUAUCUAUGGAAAUGAAUCAUCAAAUAAUGUAUCCAAAAAAUGAUUAUAUCGAUAAAAAUAUUCAAAAUACAAAUAAUAAAUUAUUAUUUUAUGCUAAUCUAUGGAAUGAUACAAUGCAAUUAGCUCGUUUAAAAAUAACACCAGUAUGGUAUACAAGAAAACGUGAUUCAGCUGAUAGUGGUAUCAGUAACAUGUGA